AUGAGAUCCGUAUUGAUAUUUGUCAUAUACUUCAACGACGUCCUUUCUACUGUGGGAAACUACGCUGAGCAAUAUUGCUCACAGUUUACCGGUUGUGAAAGCUGUGCUGGUCGCCAUCAUGACAGGGAAUUUACAGAAUGCGUAUGGUGCCCAAUAUGGAGCUCCUGCGUAUCUACAGCGGUGAAGUGCCGAUCUGGUUAUCGCGAAAGCGUAGAUUGCCCUCUCCUUUCAUCGACUCCGUACAACGAGACAUUCGCUCGUGUGUUCGGCACACCGCUCAUUGCUGCAGCUCAGGGCACAUACUUGCAAAUGAAGCGAUGUAUCUCAAAUAUUCCUGGAGAUGUUCAACUGUUGAAGCGAUUCGCCAUACAAACUCCAACAGGGGAAAGAACUGAUGGGUAUGUGGCGGUAGACCACACUAGUCAAGCGAUUAUAGCUUCAUUUUCCAGCGUUGCAUCAGGAGACAAGCUUUUCUACACACAUUUCAACGCAGAGUUCUUCACAAACAGGCAGGCGCAGUUCGAAGGAUCAGAUGGAUUAGUGAACAGGUACCUAUAUGACAGCUGGUAUAAACUCUGGUACAUAUUGGGAAUGGAGGAGACUCUAAGAAACCUCGUGAGCAUCUAUAGAAACUACGAGAUAUGGUUCAUUGGCCAUUCACUCGGAGGUGCAAAAGCAGAGAUGUCGGUUCUGUCGAUGCUCUUCAAACGGCUCAUAUCCCAGAAAAAAGUUAGACUUCUCACAUUUGGAGCGACACGUGUUGGCGAUAUGUCAUUUGUAAACCUAAUUGAAGCAUUGGUUCCAUACCGGUUUCGUAUUGUGCACGGACGCGACAUGGUCCCAAGGUAUCCUAGAAUUUUCGAUGGAGAGUGGACUCCUCCGCACCACCAUCGCUAUGAGGUAUGGUAUCCGAAUGGAAUGCGUCCCGGUGCUAAAUAUUUUGUCUGCCUUGGAGCAGAAGACCCACAAUGUAGCACACGCUUGUCCCCGUGGGAAAUACGUGCAGCUGACAAUGACGUGUAUUUUGAACGGAGUAUGCAACAUUGGGCGGAAUCGUACUGCGCUGACAAUGUUUACUAUCCAAGGACACAUGCGUCACUUUUUGCUAACAUCCCUGAGCCAGUCUAUGAUAUGUCUUCCAUCAGAACUAGACAGCCUACCUUGGGGAAGAUUCCUUCUACCAGUACUCGACCAAGUAUUACCGAGCCUCCGUUAUUUACAAAACCUACUUCUCGGGAAACUACUACAUAUUAUAAAACAACUUCCUCUACUGCAUAUUUCAAAACAACUACAUAUCUUAAAACGACUUCAUCAAUGAGGGACACGACCCUUUUCAUUCGCACUACGACGAAGCCGUUAUUAACAACAAACGAUGUUUCCACCACGUCUCUUGCUGACUCAACUAUCACAACUGCAGCGACAACAGAAGAAGAGUUUUCCACUCCGUCCUCAACAACAUCAGAAUACUGGUCAACUUCAACCGUACUAAGAGCUGAAAAUGCCACAAUUGUAUUAGAUAACCGAGAUAACAGCACGGAGCUCCUGAUGCAGAAAGUGAAGGAAGAUCUCGAAAAAACCCGCGCGUUACUGUGAUAUGUCUACCACGACGUCCUCAAGG